CCGGGACGCGUCUGAGCUGCGCAGGUCCCUUCUGGUGUGUCGCUGCAGAAAGAUGGAGCUCUCUGCGGUUGGGGACCGGGUAUUCGCCGCGGAAUCCAUCAUCAAACGACGCGUCCGCAAGGGUCGCAUUGAGUUUCUUGUUAAAUGGAAAGGAUGGGCCAUCAAAGACAGCACGUGGGAACCGGAGGAAAAUAUUUUGGAUGGUAGACUGAUCGCAGCGUUCGAGCAGAAGGAGCGAGAGAGGGAGCUCUACGGUCCAAAGAAACGCGGACCCAAACCCAAAGCAUUCCUGCUCAAGACUGGAGGCCCAGCGUCAGAGCGGUCGUCUCGGGUGCCAGAGCUGCGGCGUUACCGGGCUCCCGCCGGCUCUUCCAGACCCUCGUCUUCCUCAGCGGCCCCUGCUUCCUCCCUGCAGGGCUCCCCCUCCCCCGCCCCCUCCGCGAAGCUCCAGUCUGGAGCCGCGCACCCCAAACUGAAGAAGGACAUCCACCGCUGUCACCGCAUGUCCCGCCGCCCCCUGCCCCGCCCCGACCCCCUGGCCCCGCCCCCCGGGUCCUCGUCCAAUCCCUGCUUCCCGUCCCGGCCGCCCGUCUCCGCCUUCUCCGAAACCGUGCGCAUCGUCAACCGCCGGGUCAAGCCCCGCGAGGUCAAGCGCGGUCGCAUCAUCCUCAACCUCAAGGUCUUCGACCAACCCGGCGCCGGCGGGGCAGCCGACAGCAGGCCGCCGCUUCCCCACGGCCGUCCGGCCUCUCGCCACGCCCACCCGGGCCGGCCCAAGGUCCCCUCCCGAAACCGCAUCAUCGGCAAGAACGGGAAGCGUCUGGGAGAGACGGCCUACCGCGGGCUGCGGCCCCCUCUGAGGAUGCCCGGGUUCCCCAUGUACGGGAAGCCCUACGGCGUGCAGCAGGUGGGCCCCGGCCCCCCGCCGGCCGGGAGAGGGAACGGUGCCCCCCGCCCGCCCGCGGCCGUGAGUUCGGACGGGUACCCGCCGCCCCCCUCUCUCUCCAGCUCCAGCGGCUCGGACAGCAGCCCCCCCUCCCCGCCCCAGACCCAGCCGGCCCCCCCUCAGCCCCCGCCGGCCCCCCCAGCCUCCCCGCCGCCCCCCAAACUCAGCCCCGAGCCCAAACAGACCCCCGCCGCGGCCUUCCUCCCGUCCGCCCCCUCCGUCUUCCUCUCCUCCUCCUCCUCCUCCUCCUCCCCCUCUUCCUCCGAGGACGAUGAGGGCAUCCUGGACCUGUCCGUGCCCCAGGAGGGGGCCAGGCGGGGCGGGGGUCGCUGGGCCCGCCGCCGUCGCCCGUCCAAGCCCCCCCCGCCGGCCGCCGGACCCCCGCUGCUCUCCCCUGAGCCCCCCCAGGGGCCGGCGGCGGACGAGUCGGGCUGGAACCCCGAGAUGGCGCCCCGCUGCGCCAACGUGGUGGUCACCGACGUCACCACCAACCUGGUCACCGUCACCAUCAAGGAGUUCUGCCGCCCGCCGGACUUCCGCAAGUCCCCGCCCCGCUCGCCGUCCGCGGCCGCCGCCCCCCCCCUCCCUCACCCCCCAGCCCAAACAAAUUCGUUAAGGCUUGAUCUAUUUGAAACCCCAUUCUCUCCGAUACUGUUAAAUCACACCGCCACCCUGAAGUUCCUCGUUGUUGUCUUGGCCGCUGGGAUGCUGGCCUUUCUCGGCGCGGUCAUCUGCAUCAUCGCCGCGGUCCAUCCCGGAACCACCGCUGCUGCACCCCAGGCACUAUCUGGAAACCAGUCUCUGUCGCCGGACUUAUCGCAGGGUUCAAUGGCCCAAGCCGGCCCCCUGAGCGCUCUCCACGGUGCUGAAUCGCCCGGAGGCGGAGUGAAUGGUCUGGGAGCUUCGACAUUUAGCGGGAUAAGCAACUCGGCAGCAGUGGGAGUUGGAAGCAGGCAACAGUUUAGCUUUAACCGACUCAUUUGCACCCCUAUUCCCGCCGGGGAGUGUAAACCGAAGCACAACCAGCAACAGGCCGACGACCCGUCGGCGUUUGCCGGAGAGGACUGGGGUUACCUCCGCACCAUGGCCGAGGAGCUCCGACAAACCGUCCUGCAGCAGAAGAGCCAGAUCCUGGGCGACAAGCGAACCAUCCAGGAACUCACGGGCAAGUUGUCGGAUUGUGAGAGCGGUCUGGAGGACCGAAGCAUGUCGGAGAGAAGCGCAGGACUUUGGGGUGGUGACAAGGGCCGCCUAAUGCUAGGGGACGACACCCCGAAGCACACCACGCGCGCCCUCGAGGAGCUGGAGGGCGCUAUCAUUCAACUGAAAGACCGUAUCGAGAAACUAGAGUCGGAUAUGGGCCCGUCGGUGGGGAACCACACCGGGGAGGGGCAGGGCGAGGCGGUUCGGGGCCGGGUGGAGGACCUGGAGAGCGAGCUUCAGCACAAGAUGCGGCAGCUGGAGGAGCAGAGGACCGCGCUGAGGAAGGAGACGCAGAGCCACCACUCCCAGAUCGACCAGGGCCUCCGCUCCCUGCACCACCGCAUCGCCAGCCUGGAGCACGGUCAUUCACAGCAUCACUACCCUGAAGGGUACAAGCUCUCCUUCCCUCUCAGGACCAACCACAUGUACGGGCUGGUUCGACUGGCCAUCCCCGAGCUGUAUGCCCUGACGGCCUGCUUGUGGCUCCGGGCCAAGGAAGGGGGUAUCGGCACGCCCUUCUCCUACUCUGUCCCGGGGCAGCCGAAUGAGCUGGUGUUUCUGCAGGGUCUGCAUAAGCCGGUGGAACUGCUCAUCAAUGACAAGGUGGCGCAGCUGCCCCUGUCCCUGCCCCAGGGCAGCUGGCAGCAUGUGUGCGUGAGCUGGACCCUGCGGGACGGGGCGUGGCGGGCCUACCAGGGGGGCAGGCUGAGGGGCGAGGGAGAGGGCCUGUCUGCCUGGCACCCCAUCCGGGCCGGGGGCGUGCUGGUCCUGGGGCAGGAGCAGGACUCAGUGGGGGGGCGUUUCGAUGCCUCCCAGGCCCUGGUGGGGGAGCUGGCCCAGUUUAACCUGUGGGAUCGGCUGCUGACGCCCUCUGAAGUGUCCGGUCUGGCGGACUGCAGCGAGGUCACCCUGGGCAACGUGGUGCCCUGGACGGACCAGAACAUCCAGGUGUUCGGGGGGGCCACCAAAGAGCCUCUGGAGCCCUGUCCCCAGCGUGUGGGGCCCCAGCAGUGAGGUGGGGUGGACGAUGUGAGGGAGGGUAUUUUUGAAGCUGAGAACAGCUGUCAGCAAAAGGUACAAAAGAUUGCCUUGUGUUAUUGUGUUAAAAAAAGAAAACAACAAAAGUAUUUUUGGAUUUUAGUUUUUGGGGGAUUUUUUUUUUUUUUGCGCAGUGCUACAGGACAGCAGACAUCCCUUGACCCAGCCCUGGGUGAUGCUGGCUGGGUUGGGGCUCAGUUGGGUUGGAUUGGGCAGGCCUGGACUAGGUUUGGGCUGGACUGGGCUGGUUUGGGCUGUGUUGGGCUAUGCUGGGAUCUGUGUGGGCAUGUGGAGUUUGCUUGGUGUCAUAUGUCCCACGGUUUGUCUCUGUUUUGUCUGCUUUAAGAGGUGAUUUCUACUUGGAAUUUACAGUAUUUCUGUGAAACGAGGACCACAAGUCUGUCAAAUAUGUGUAAUUACAUUUUAUUUAAUAUUUGGUAUUAAAUUUUUGCACUCACACACAUAGACUUCUAAUCUGUGUUCUGUGCUUAUCAUUAUAAACAGUGAACAUUUUCACAUUUUGCAGGUGCAUCGCACCCAUGACACAUCCAACACUGUAAAUUCCCUUUCCCUGCAUUUACAGGCAGGCUCUGACUUUUCCUCAAUGACCGAUCAUGUUGUUCAAAAAUGAAUACAAUUAUUUUUUUAAACAUCCAGGUUAGCCAAGUCUUUUUGCUCCCAAAGCGUUUUUGCGUCCAGAUGGCCUGGAAACCUUGUAACCUGAAUCCCAUCUCGAUGCAGUACCUCCCAACUAGACCCUGGUCAAACACUUCAUUGCUUUGGAUUCAAAUCGAUCUUGGUUUAAUUGAGCCAACCAAGAGGACGAGAAGGCAGGGAUUGCACUUUUGAGAGCAUUUUGUAGGUUGCAGUCACGCUCAGUAAAGUGUAGAAAAGUAUUUGAAUCCAAAACCAUUACCUAAUGUAUGUGACCUAGAUCACGCUCACGCUGGUUCUGAGUCUUGGCCCAUACCUCCAAGGAGUGCAGAACAAACACGGGAACAACACUCCCGCAAUGUUGUGAGAACAUUACUUCAUUCCUGGCCUGGGCUCUCUCACCGUCAGGUCAGUUAACCCCCUCUUUCACGGUUAGUUACUCUCGCAACAGGGCACACGGCGUAGAUCUGUCUGGAGAUUAGGUCCACAGUCCUGCUGUGGUAAAGAUCUGUCAGGAGGUUGGGGCCACAGUCCUGCAGUGGUAAAGGUCUGUCUGGAGAUUAGGUCCACAGUCCUGCAGUGGUAAAGGUCUGUCUGGAGAUUGGGAACACAGUCCUGCAGUGGUAAAGGUCUGUCUGGAGAUUGGGUCCCCAGUCUUGCAGUGGUAAAGAUCUGUCUGGAGAUUGGGAACACAGUCCUGCAGUGGUAAAAAUCUGUCUGGAGAUUGGGAACACAGUCCUGCAGUGGUAAAGGUCUGUCUGGAGAUUAGGUCCACAGUCCUGCAGUGGUAAAGGUCUGUCUGGAGAUUGGGUCCCCAGUCUUGCAGUGGUAAAGAUCUGUCUGGAGAUUGGGAACACAGUCCUGCAGUGGUAAAGAUCUGUCUGGAGAUUGGGAACACAGUCCUGCAGUGGUAAAGGUCUGUCUGGAGAUUAGGUCCACAGUCCUGCAGUGGUAAAGGUCUGUCUGGAGAUUGGGAACACAGUCCUGCAGUGGUAAAGGUCUGUCUGGAGAUUGGGUCCCCAGUCUUGCAGUGGUAAAGAUCUGUCUGGAGAUUGGGAACACAGUCCUGCAGUGGUAAAGAUCUGUCUGGAGAUUGGGAACACAGUCCUGCAGUGGUAAAGAUCUGUCUGGAGAUUGGGGCCACAGUCCUGCAGUGGUAAAGGUCUGUCUGGAGAUUGGGAACACAGUCCUGCAGUGGUAAAGAUCUGUCUGGAGAUUGGGUCCCCAGUCUUGCAGUGGUAAAGAUCUGUCUGGAGAUUGGGAACAGAGUCCUGCAGUGGUAAAGAUCUGUCUGGAGAUUGGGAACACAGUCCUGCAGUGGUAAAGAUCUGUCUGGAGAUUGGGUCCCCAGUCUUGCAGUGGUAAAGAUCUGUCUGGAGAUUGGGAACACAGUCCUGCAGUGGUAAAGAUCUGUCUGGAGAUUGGGAACACAGUCCUGCAGUGGUAAAGAUCUGUCUGGAGAUUGGGAACACAGUCCUGCAGUGGUAAAGGUCUGUCUGGAGAUUGGGAACACAGUCCUGCAGUGGUAAAGGUCUGUCUGGAGAUUGGGGCCAUAGUCCUGCAGUGGUAAAGGUCUGUCUGGAGAUUGGGAACACAGUCCUGCAGUGGUAAAGGUCUGUCUGGAGAUUGGGGCCAUAGUCCUGCACUGGUAAAGGUCUGUCUGGAGAUUUGGGCCACAGUCCUGCAGUGGUAAAAAGCUGAUAGAUACAGCUGAACAUACCCAGCCCAUUUCUGACCAUCAGCACCUCUCCCCCCCUGCCACCUGCACAUCUUACACUCAACCCUGGUUUGCCUGGGAGGGGGGGGGGGGUUUAGAAGUUUACCCUUUUUUCUGGGUUGCCUUCUAAGCUCAUCAUACAGUACCUGCCCAGUUAAUCGCCAACUUAUCGUGGUAAGUGCCUGAUGGGGUUGCGUACCCAAUGUGAUGUUUUUAUUUUUCUCUUAUUCUUAUUGGUUAACAUGCUGAUCGAUGGUGAUGUCAGUGUUGUCGUGCCCGUCCUUGGUCCGUGGUAUUGUGAGAUCAAUCUUUUGAAACAUGACCUUGAUAGUAAAGUCGGUGGCUGUCGAAAGAGUUAUCUGAAAAAUAAAAACGUUUUGUUUUAAAACUGUGAAAAA